CACGCGUUUGGCUUUUGUUCGGGCAGUUAUCGAUGAAGCAUCACAAGGUGGACUUUGUUCAGUUAAAACUGGAUCAAGCUGGAACUAGAGCAAAACAUACGUUACCAACCUAUUCCGUGACUAUCUGGGUAAAAUGCACAGACGGUUAUCUAGUUGUUAUUCUAGUUCUUUGUUGCUGCAUAGGAUGAAAAAAAUGAAUAAAAAUUUUCAAACCUGGUCAUACCUUCUACUAUUUCCGAUUACUUUUUGUUUUUGCUUCCUGGGAUGUAGUGCUAUAAAGGUCAUGUCCCCUUGAAAAGCCGGUUUUAACUGGUUUCUACUAGUACUCACCAAGACAAAACAAAGAAAGAUUGACCUAUAGAACAGGUGGGUAAGAUAAGAUAACAGGUGGGUCAUUGUCAGAACAGUAACAAUCCUGCCGCCCUGCAUCGCUAUGAUCGUCCGUAAUACCGUCGACGUUCCGUUAGCCCCCGUAUCACUCAUCCCGGUCCUUCGGGGGAAAGAGUUGGUGUCCCCGCCGGACGAGAUGGGGAUCACGGCGUACGAGAUCGUGCUCACUCGGGACCAGAGCGAGCUGCGCUCAGGUGGGGAAGGCUGGACCGAGAACCACAUGUACUACUGCAUCUCCGGCAGGGGGCGCUGCAGUCUGGGGGACGGGAGGGAGUUUGACGUCGCCCAGGACGUUUUCCUUUCGUUCUCGUCUGCUGUUCAGUGCAAGAUUACAGUGACCCCGGAAGACCAUAUGAGGCUUUACUGUGUGUACUGCCACGACGACAACCCUUCGUCUGACCGAGUCGUUGUUCGGUCCCUCUCGGAGAUCAUCGGAACAGAUCGGGAUGUCGACUUCGGCAGCGGCCACAGCCGAAGGUUCCUGCUUAGGGAUGAUGAUUUCCCCAUCACGGUGACCAACACGUCAAUCAUGACCUGCGCUGAUACAGAGAAGGGGGUCCCCAUGUGGUACAAACAUCACAAAGAAUCCAACUACUACUUCAGAGGAAACGGCAAGUACGUCUGGGAGGAGGGGGAGGAGGAAGCGGCGUUCCAUCCCGAGGGGACGGCCUUCCUGUUGAACCAGAACGACCCGCACUACGCCAUGCCGGAGGGGGAGGCUUCGACGAUCUGUACCUUCUUCCCCGCGCUGGUUGGGAAAGAGAAGCACGUCUUCAGUGGUGGUUAUUCCGUAUAUGGUCCUGCCUAGGCAUCCUUCCAUGGGAACGAGCUGACACUACCAGUUCAACUUUGUAUUAAGUUUUUUAAUUCCAUUUGAUGUUUCCAGUCUGACCUUUGGACUUGGAUUUUAUGUUUAUAUGAUU